AUGGGAAAACUAUUGAAUUUCGGUACAAAGCUCAAGUAUCCCCUCACGGUCAACAGAUUACUUAAAAAACCCAACGACCAAAUAAAAAAACAGGAACCGAUCCUACAAUUCAAGUUUACAUGGAAACAAAAGGUCGGCGACCCGUUUGGAGAUGAGUGGGAAGAAGAACAGAUAACGAUUGCAGACUGGGAUAGCCCUGCCGAUGGGUGCAUAAAGUCCUGGAGAGUGCACGAAGGUAUGGUCAUACAGAAUGACAUGUCCUUUGUCGAGAUUGAAGAAUCAUGCCCCCACUCUGUACAGUUUGCCGGGCUUUGUGGUAUAUGUGGGAAAGAUAUGACUGAAGUAUCAUGGGCUAGUGCUGGUGACGAUACCGGUCACGCAAAGAUAAAUAUGAUUCACAACCAAACCGCUCUUACGAUCAGUGAAGAUGAGGCUUCCAAAGCUGAAGGGGAGCUUCAAAAGCGAUUAUUACAGAACAGAAAACUUUCUUUGGUUGUAGAUCUAGAUCAGACUAUCAUUCACGCUUGUAUUGAGCCAACUAUUGGGGAAUGGCAGAGAAACCCUCAGAGUCCGAAUUUCGAUGCUGUCAAAGAUGUUCGAUCCUUUCAAUUGAAUGAUGAUGGCCCCAGGGGCGUUGCCUCUGGAUGCUGGUAUUAUAUCAAGAUGCGGCCAGGACUAAAAGGCUUCCUGGAUAGGAUCUCAGAAUUUUAUGAGCUACACGUCUACACAAUGGGAACUAGAGCUUAUGCAGCGAAUAUCGCUAAGAUCGUGGAUCCUGACAAGAGACUCUUUGGUGACCGGAUUAUAAGUCGCGAUGAGAACGGGAGCAUUACUACAAAGAGCCUUUCCAGACUUUUUCCGGUCAGUACCAAAAUGGUCGUCAUUAUUGACGAUAGAGCAGAUGUCUGGCCCCAAAACCGGCCCAACCUAAUCAAAGUUGUCCCGUACGACUUUUUUCUUGGUAUUGGCGAUAUUAACUCCAGCUUUUUACCGAAGAGAGAAGACGUGAAAAUUGCUCUACCAAGUCAGGAGGCUAUGGUAGUCCAAAAAGAUUGUAUCGAGGCAAACGAUGUUAACGAAUCUUCUCAAAAAGACCCAACUCUUGAUGUCGGAGCUAGUUCAGAUCAAUCGAAAAGUUUAUGUAAAGCUAGCGCGCUUGAAGAAUUAGUUAGGAUGAGUGGUGGAGACGACCAAGCAAUCCGCUUUGAACAAGCUAUUGAACAGGAAAAACUGCUUGAAAAACAGUUGAACGAGCGUCCACUACUCCACAUGCAAGAGGAACUUGAUAAAGAAGAGUUAGAAGAUGAAGGGGUCGUUACUGCGGAACCAGAAAAUGGCACGAAUCAUGAGCAUCCACAUCAUAGACACAAUUUGUUAAAAGAUGAUGAUGAGGAACUUCAAUACCUUGAGAAUCACUUGAUACGAGUACACAAGGCAUUUUACGAAAACUACGAUGGCGUGCUUGCUAAUACAAGAGGUGUAAAGAACAUACAACUGGACGAUAAAAAUGUUACAAGUAAAAACUCGACUUAUCUGAAAAUGGUCCCAGAUAUUGCGGACGUCAUGCCACAACUGAAGGCAAAAACUCUAGCUGGCUGUAUAAUCGUAACAUCAGGGCUUGUGCCACUUCAAACUGACAUAAUGAAGACUGAAUUGGGUAUCCAGGCCACGACAUUUGGUGCCAAGAUAACAAGCAAAGUCAGCAAAAGCAGUACUCACUUAGUCACAUCAAUUACUCGUAACCGCACUAGUAAGGUUCGACAAGCCACUAAAUACCCAAGUAUAAAAAUUGUUAAUCAGGACUGGCUCUUUAAUUCAAUUAGUAAAUGGGAAAAGGAAGAUGAAGAACCAUACUUGAUUUAUGUGCAAAAGGAUGAGCAUCAUUGUAAUGGUGAAUUCCAAAAUAUGACUCUCUUAACGACUAAUCAGUCUGAUGACAGUGACUCUUCGGUAACAGGCGAUGAGUUUGAGUAUCAGAAUACUCAUCCACUCCAAGGGCCUGGGCUUAAUGAUACAUCCCUUAUACCACCAGUGGAUAGAUACUCUCCUAUUGAGGACCUUAGAGAGUUCGACUGGGAAAAAGUUGAUGAUGAAUUAGCUGAGUUUAUGGGGGAAGAAGAUUCUGAAAAUGAUAGCGAGACGUCAGAAUCUACCCCAUUAAAUUUUAAAGAUCAAAACUCAGUCAAACGAAAGCUCGGUGCUGUUGUAGAAGAUGACGACAGUGAAUAUGAAAGUAUCCUCUCAAAAAAACAAAAGCUCGCUAGCGAGCGAAUAUCGGGGCUUAGCACAGUUACAACUCCCUAUAAUGAUUCUGAGGAUAAUUUACCCAAACCUCUCGAAGCAGAUGGCUUGAAAUAUGAAAAUGGCCAGAGUUUUCCGCUUGUUUCUGAGGAUGGGGACGCCGAUUUAGAAGCACUUCUGAUGGCUGAGUUUGAGAAAGAAGAUGGAGGUACCAUAGACAACAAAUAA